AGUUCAAUAUCUAAAUGCAUAUAUCUUUAGUAAGUUUUGUUAUUUGAUAAAAUAUUGAAAUUAUUUUGCUUAAUUAUUGAAGCAUUAUAAAACUUCCUUCGUUUUAACGUAUUAUCCAUAUAAGGGCAGUUUUGAGCAAGGCUAUAUCUGAAUAUUCAUAUUACCUUACUGUUUCAACAGAAAAGGAACCUAAUUUUCAUGAACUUUCUUGCGAGGAAUUCGCAGAUUAUAUCGGCAAGUAUUUUAACAAACGAAGGGCAGUACUGGAAGAUAUACUCCGAAAUGCAAUACUUGAUGAAAGUUUAUCAGCAACAACUUUCGUAGCAAUGACUCAAGAACAAAUGGAAAUAAUAUUUACGCCAUACUUGGGUUCAAUAAAAUAUGGUGAAGGUAUGAAGAUGGAUAUGCAAAUGAUACAGAGUCAAAUUAGAAAAUCUGUCACUGAAGUAAAUGUCAGCGAAGAUUCUGUAAACGAAACUUUAAGAAUAUUUGACUCACCAGUUGGGAAAAAACAGUAUAAGAUUGCCGUAGUAAAAGCUUCGACAGGCAAUUUACUUAUUCCUCGACAUGAAUUUGUAAACGUGUCACAGUAUAGAAAACACUUUAUACAUUUCAUCACAAAGGAUGUUCUUCAGUUUACUGCUGCUUGUAUGAACGGUAGGCAGAAUGGCACAAUCCAUUUCGGAAUCGUACCGUUACAGAACGGAUUAGGCAAAAUUAUAGGGAUUCCAAAAAACAGCUUCAACGACAUCAAUUUGAAUGAAGAAAUAACAACAACACUUACUACAUGUUUUGGGGAGAAUGUUUCAGCUGCAAAACAAUGUAUUCGUCCUGUUCAGAUAGUUCCAGUCGAGUCAGGUACCUAUGUUAUAGAAAUUGAUGUGGUACCGUUUUCUUGUCAUUUAAAUCCACAAAUGUUUUAUAUAACAUACCCACCAAAAGGCUGUCAAUGUAGGAAGUACUUUAUGUUCGACAGCAAUGAAAUUGUUACCGUUAGUAACACAAAACUUGACGAUGUGUGUGAUGCUUGCGUAAAGUUAUUAAAACAUAGAGAGUAUUUGGAGGAUAAUGCAUUGGUUGAUGAAAAGAAGGGAUAUGGUAUUCAGAGCAAACUGAAAAAGUUGUUGACAAGAGGUAAUAGAUACGUGAAGGAUGAACUUAUUCCAAUUAUUAUUUCUGGGCGCAUUUCGGGUAGCGCAAAUGAAAUGGAAAUUCGACAAAAAUUAGAUAUUGAUAGAGUAUUCUCUUCUGCAGAGCUUGUUCUUGACUUUGAUUCAUCGAUUAAACUUCGUGAUAAAGUUGAAGGUAGUAGAUCCAAGUUUUCCAAGUUUUUAGUUAAAAUAGCUGAGAACCUUUCAGAAGUGGAGCAAAAGACACAGAUGCUUGAUAAGGCUGACCCGGCACCACCUCUUCUAACAUGGCUAUACUGUAAUGGCAAUGACGAAAUACAGUCACCACCUUUUCGAUUGAGAGAAUGGAUGAGAGAACGAUCUAAUGGAAUAAAAGCUUCCCUUUGCAAACAAAGAAAAAUGAUACCAAAGGACAGGGGAAUUUUGAUUUUUUUAGUAUUUGAUACCCCGAUGAUAUAUCAGGACCCUUUGUUUGAAAUAGCAAGAGAUGCUUUACUCUUUACAUUCAGAGGAGAGUGCCUCAUUAUAAGCACCACAAACGAGCACGUAGCGUAUCUUAAACAGGAAGUUUCCCGAACGCUUGACGAUUCCGCUUUGGAAUCGUGUUUCGUAUCGGGUCUAGUCUGGGAUGAAGUUUCAACGGUUAUGAAGUCUGUAUUUCGUGUAAACGAAGAUGUGGUCUGCCGCCUUCCCUGUAGUAAUGGACAUUUGGUAGAAAUGACUGCGAGAGAAAAGGGCGAGCUUAAAUUGAGCGAUAUAGAAAUACUCAGUGGAGAACAGUGUAUUAUGGAAGAGGAAACAAUGGGCGAUCAUGAUAGAAAAGCAAAACGACGAGAGUCUCAAGAGUUGUUUUACAAAGGAGGCUCAGUGUCAUGGUGGAAUUUCUAUUACAGAAAUCAAGUUGGUAAACGAGAUCAGUUCGAAACACAUAAAAAGGAAAUCAAAGAAUUACUAUCAAAUGAUAAAGGUGAUGACAUAGUGGAAAUUCACGAGAUUGAACACCACCCUGGUGCUGGGGGAAGCACUCUUGGUCGACAUUUACUUUGGGAAUUUAGUCAGUUCAAGGGUGAUCCUGAUUCAGCCUAUAGAUGUUGCGUAGUACACACUAUUACAGAAGAAACUGUUGCCCAGUUAGACAGAUUUCGAAGCUUUAAAGAUAUAGAUGAUACAAGGCCUUUCAUUGUUCUGAUAGAUAAUGAAAGUGAGGAAAGUAUUAUAUUGUUGAAAACAAAUCUCUAUGAGUUAGCAUAUAAAAUGGCAACCCCUGGCAAGCUGUUUUGUUUACUCAUUCUUAUAAACAGAAUGUCGAUAACAUAUGAGAAAAGACGAGGAAAACAUCUCUUAAAGCAUCAACUAACAUAUAGGGAGAAAAACUGGUUCGAAGACAAAUUCGAAGAAAUGGAAAGAAAAAAUGACUAUGAUGUGAACACCCUGAUUGCUUUUAACUGUAUGCGUAAUUCUUUUGAUGAAAAAUAUAUUCAUGAAACAAUACAAAGGAUAAUGCAAGGGAUUACGACGUCCGAACUCGAGGUUCUUAAGUGUCUUGCGCUUAUAAGUAGUUACGAAAGUGACACUCCGAUACCCCAAAAUAUAUUUGACAGAAUGAUGAAUAAGGAGUUUGAUUUAGAACUGAUAACUCGGCAACCUUUUGGAAUAAAACACCACAUCAAAGAACUAGACAGACUUGCAAAACAAACACCAAAAACAUGGAACGUAAACCUUACAGAUGCAAUGCAGCUUUUAUUGACUAAGCGUGAUCAUGAAUCAUUUUACCACAGCGGAGUUUGCAUAGUAUCCAAGCUUCUAGCAAAAGCAGUUCUAUUUCAUAUCAUGGACACAGAGAAUAUUUCGCUAGAAGAAGUUGUUAUCUACGUAUUAGAACUUGUUGAACAACAGAUGUCAGAGUCAAACCCGAUGUCGAAGCAAUUUGUCAGAAUCGUUUGCAGCUUGUUUAAGACCAGACAGCCUCUUGAUGGUGAAAAAGGGGAAGCAAAGCUAAAGUUUUCUGAUUUGGUUCUAGAACUUGAACAAACGAUGGAGACAGAAAAAGAUGAUGACGCAAGACAAAGAGUUAUUCGCGUAAUGCAGCGAUGUGUUGACAUUACUGACGAUGCAAUGGUUGGUCAACAACUUGCUAGAUUCAACAUUCAUAUCAAGGAGUUUGAAGCUGCUGAAAAAGCUAUUUUACGGUCAAUCAGUAAAAUACCACAGAGUUCUUAUCUUCUUGAUACACACGGACAAAUAUUCAAAAGCAAAAUGGAAUAUAUGUUUGAAUCUUCAUUACGUAUAGACGGCAAAAUUCCAGAUGAUACAGCUGCAGCUAUAGUUGAUAAUGCUUUUACAGCCAUACUUAAGUUUAGAGAGGGGCAGUCAUUGGCCAUUAAACAAGAUGAAGACAAAAACUGGAUAUGUUUUCGCAUGGAAGUGAUUACUUGGCUUACUCUCUUAGAAAAAUUCUCAAAAUUUUCAUGUUACUGCGACAGAAGAAAUUUCUUAAAUUUCUUAAACGAUGAUAAUUUUGAGAUUAAUGGCUCCUCCUUUGAAAAUAUUGUGGCUUUAUGUCCUACACUUGAUGGAAUAAGAUCCGGACGAGAAGAACAAAGGCAUGUGGAUACUUCAUUACGAAGUCUACAGGAAAGAUUUUACCAAGUUAAGCAUCAUCUAUAUCCUAUACAUUCCGACAAAGAUGUACUUUUAUUAAAACUACGAGAAAGAUUUGAGCGGUUUUACGGAACUACAUAUAGUACAUCACGCUAUAAAUUCCUGUAUGGAAUCGGUCUUAAGCCGCUGCAACAUGCAAAAGAAAAGGAUCCUGACGUUUUAGAAAAACGUGUAAAGGAAGCAGAAGAGAAUCUUAGAAACAAACGUUUAUCAGAAGUGGAUGAAAGAGAUUUCCUAGUUUAUCUCGGAACAAAAAUUAUUACACUGUCAAAUCUAAAUGAAAGAGCAGAGGAGUUACAGGAGGAAGAAUAUACCAAACUCUUGAAAUACAGUAAAUAUCUGGUAGAUAUGCAGACUCCAAAAAACACAUCAAAUAGGCCUUACCUUGAGUCAUACCUAUACUAUGCUAUGCUUCACUGGCCUUCAAGGAAUAGACUGGAAAUAAAUCCAGAGAACUUGUCAGGUCCUGUCACAUACUUAGAAAAAAUGGGAAAUUGGGAGACGGCAUACGACGAAAAUUUCUUUCUAAAAUCUAAUGAACAGAUUAAGAAAAACAGACCAAAGAAUUAUUUUGCACUUGGUAAAGGAUCUCCUGGAAAUGACAUUAUUGACCUCGAAUCAAUCAGACGACAAUGGAAGGAAAUGAAAAAGGAAAAUGGCCGAAGUCGUAGGCCAGUUUUCAGAGAUAACUUUUGGAAAGAAGGAUUUGUUGUUGAGCGGUUAGAACGACUUACUGGAAUCGUUGAUGGAACAGGGCACCAAAUUUUACAUAAGGUUGAAUAUUCACAACAUGGGACACAAACAUUUAGGAUAAAGACGUAUUACCCAUGCAGCCAACACAGUAAUCGACCGGUGACCUUUGUUUUAGGGUUUACUUGGAGAGGACCAACGGCAUUAGAUGUUGAUGAAAAGGAUCGCGGUGGGCAGAGAAUUGAGACGUUUGUAUCUGUUUUGGACUUUGAUGACCAGCCAAGUAGCAUAGAAACUGUUGCUGGAAAUGAUGAUGAGAAAGACAACAAUCGUGUUCAAGGUCAUAUACAAGGUGCUUGUGGUGGAACAGAAGAAGUUGUUAGAGAUCAUAUACAAGGUGCUUGUGGUGGAACAGAAGUAGGUGUUAUAGAUCAUGUACUAAGUGCUUGUGGUGGAACGGAAGAUGGUACUGUAGAUAAUUGUAAGGAGAAAGAAAACGCAAGACACCGAGAAAGCGUCGAUGAAUAUAAAUCGGAAAAAGGUCUAGCUAAAAUAAACUCCCAAGGACAAAACAAGCGACCGCCAUGGAUGAAACCUGGUAAAAGACGAAGACAUAGAAGGAAAUAAGAGUUUAAAUAAAGACGAUUGGUAUGGAUAAAGUCAUCAACGUGAAUUCGAAUCGCCAUGUGUAGGAAUUUUGACACAAUUCAAUUUGUCAAAGUGACAUGUGUUAUCUAUUCUUCAUAGAAAUAUUUUGUUGUAAUUGAUUAUUUAUUUAUAAAUACUAAUUAGCUGGGUUUUUUUCUUUCUUUUUUUCUAACAAAUAUGUUUUAACACUAGUCAAAUAGUAUUCAUUUCACACAAUAUUAAUUGUUGCUUACACUAAGGUUGACUAGUAUGUCGUUAUACAAGGUGAUAUUGUAUCAAUGGUAUUCUUUUUAAUUUCGAUAUAUCUGUCAAUGUCAAACAUUAUUUUCGAUAUCUGUAAAAAGUUUAUUCUCAAUCCUAACAGGAGUUCGUAGUGUUUAAUAAUUGGCAAUUUUAUCACCAUAAACACGAUCAGGUUACUAAAAUCACUCUUAAUUGAAUGUGUUGUUUGAUAGACUACUAGUGAUUAUUGUCAUUGAAAAAAAAAUAUUUUUGAUAGUUUUUUUAUACGGUCAGUUGCAUGUGCAUUAAAAAAAUGCUAGUUAUAACACGGUCAUUUGCAUGAACAAAAUGCCAUUUAGGUAAUAGGAUGCCCUUUAUAACUGAAUGCUUAUAUUAUGAUGAAUAGUUAUGAUUUAGUUUAAAUUCAAGGUUCCACUACUAGUUCAUGAUGUUUUUUUGUGAUUAUCUUUGUCAUAAACUCUCAUCUACAUUUUUCCAUUCCAUUUGAUAUUUUGAUGUUUUUGGUUUUGUAUUGUUUCUGUUUUUAUGUUAUGUUUUAUGAAAUGAGUUGUAAUCUUCAGGAACACGAUAUGUAGAUCUACUUAUACGAGUACAUGUAAUAAUGUUUUACAAACACGUAUUGUGUUUCAAUAUUUUUACUUACAGAUAUAAAUAUCUCAGUAACAUAUUGGAACUGAAUUUUAAAGUAUAAUCAUCGCUAUAUAUGUCAAUCGCCAUCUUUGCGAAAUACUUUUUCGUUGUUUUGUGUUUCUCCUCAGUUUUAAUACUCUGAGUUACGGCGUGCAUGCUCUAUGUUGAGGCGUUUUUGCUGUGCUCAGAAGUACUAGUACUCUGUGUUUGGGCAUGCUCUGUGUAUGCUGUUUUGAAGUAUACACUUUGUUGAGGCUUGCUCUGUAUUGUGGCAUGUUUGUGCUUGUUGAGAUGUACUCUGUGUUGAGACAUUCUUUGUGUUGUGUUUAGGCAUGCUUUGUGCUGAGGCAUCUAUGCUCUGUGUUACGGUAUUCGUUGUGGUGUGUUGAAAUGUACUAAGUGUUGAGUCCUGCUUUGUGUUGAGGCAUUUGUUGUGCUGUGUUGAGGUGUACUGUGUUAAAACUUACUCUUUGUUGAGGCAUGCUCUGUGUUGUGAUGUACUCUGUGUUUAGAUUUGUUCUGUAUUGAGGUAUUCUUUGUGCUGUGUUGAGGUGUACUCUGUGUUGAGGCAUGUUGUGCAUUGAAGCAGGUUGUGUGUUGAGGCAAGAUCUCUGUUGAGGCAUGCUAUGUGUUGAAGCAUGUUUUGUGUGUCGGAUAUCUUAUGCGUUGUAUGGACAUGCUGUCUGUUGUAGUGACAUAACAGUGCUGUGUUACGGUAUAUGGGCUUAUAGAGAAGUAAUUGUAAUCAUUAUUCAGUUAUAAAACAGAUAAAGAUAUACAGUAUAGAUAUAUAGAUAGAUAAAAAAAAUUGCUGAACAAAUGUUGUUAUUGUUUAAUAAUGAUGUCUCCCCUUACAUAAUUUUUUAUUACAAUUAUUGACUUUAUUUAUUACACUUUCUGGGCAUUAUUUUAUUUGUCAGAACAAGUUCUGCUAUAUAUCUUAGCGUGAUAAUUGUUUUCGAUACAUGUUGCGUAAUUUAUUGGUUUUGAUAAUGAAUCGACAUGAUGUCUCUCAAUAUGUUAGUAUUUGUACUUUAUAAGGAAUCAAAAUAUUUUAAUCAAUACCUACUGCUAUGUUGCGUUUUGUGUACGUUUCAGAGAUGCAUAAUCUUCUGAUCGUUUUUCAUUGUCGGAUACCCAAGGUUGGUUUUUUAUUGAUCAAAUAUAUCAACAUUAUAUUACAGUAGGGAUAUAUAAACAUACAACUUUUUAACAAAUAUAGUUCAUACAGCUAUUAAUGUAUUCAAAGUAGAAAACAGAUCAUAUCAUAAAAGAAAAAAAAUACAUUUUUACCCAGGGUUGAUUAACAUGUAACAUAACUUAAUGGUUUGGCUGCGGGUAUCCGACCAUGAUCCUUUUUAAUCGUUAAACAAAAUUUGAGAGAGAUACAGAACAAAACAGAAAAUACUGUUUCACUGUAAAAACACGUUGUUUCAAAGGUAAAAGUACUUAUUCAUUGUGCUAUAUUUCCUUUAAUUCUAUGAUUGAAUUAUAAAUCACGUUGUAUGUAAUUUAUGUUUAUUGUUAUCACACGGCAUAUAAGUGAAUCAUUAGGCAUGAUGUAUAUAAUGAGUUAAUCAUUAAUUAAUGACUGAAUCGUUAACUACGUGAUAUAAAAUGAUCAAAUAAUUUAUUACGUGGAUGUUUUAACCUUGUAGUAUAAGCUAAGUUAAUCAUUAAUUACGUUAUGAAAUUACAAGAAACGUUUAAACAUAAAAGACAGAAUGUCUGUCUGUCUGUUUAAACAUAAAAUGUCUACAUGAUAAUACAUAUUUUAUUUCUGUUUUUAUAUAUUUUAAAAACCGUUUGAAAUGUUUACUUUUCGUUUGAUAUUUUUGUUACGUUUUAUCGUAAGUUGUUACUUGCCUGAUUUGAAUAAAGUUUUAAAUAAACCAUA